GACAAUAUUCAAGAUGACGUGGGAACUUAACCAGAGGCGGUUCGUCCGCGCAAUCAACUCGAAAUACAUCUAUGGGCGCAUCCCUCUGUUGCACACCAUCGUUUUCCUCGUCGAGAUGGCCCUUAUCGCGAGACUCACGGCUCGAUUCAACUCUUAUUAUGACGAGCGACCACUCAUGACCAUGAUGGUCACCAACGCUAUCCUCGGUGGUGUCGCCGAUACAGUUGCCCAAUCCAUCACAGCCAUCCGCGAGCGAGCCCUCCGCCAGCCAGGCGGCCUUAAGAAGAACGACGGCAUCGCCAUCGAGAUCCACGAGCUCGACCGCAAGAACCCCUUCUACGACCGCGACCUGAUCCCCGACUCGGAAAACCUCCCGCCGCCCUUCGACUUUGAGCGUCUGACCCGUUUCAUGGCGUACGGCUUCUGCAUGGCGCCCGUCCAGUUCAAGUGGUUCCGCUUCCUCGAGCACAUCUUUCCGAUUACAAAGACGAGCGCUUUUGCUCCUGCCAUGAAGCGUGUUGCGUUUGAUCAGCUCAUCUUUGCGCCUUUUGGUCUGGCUCUUUUCUUUACCACCAUGACCAUUGCCGAGGGUGGAGGUCGUCGUGCCAUCUCCAGCAAGCUUAGGGAUAUGUAUAUUCCUUCGCUCAAGGCCAACUACUGUGUGUGGCCUGCUGUGCAGAUUGUCAACUUUCGCCUGAUGCCUGUUCAGUUCCAGCUGCCCUUCGUGUCGACGAUCGGUAUCGCCUGGACGGCUUAUCUCUCGCUCACCAACUCGUCCAAGGACUAAGCGAAACAUACACGAGACGAAACAAUAAAAGGCUAUAGCAGUAGGAGAAAUCCACUGCUUUGUAGUCAAGUAGAUGCUUUCAUGCUGGCCCGCUCUCCAUUGAGGUCCGUGCUAUCGAGAUCAGGAGCGGGCGAUUGCAUUCCCUCUGGCGUCGACGGGAGGACAAUCUCGUCGUUAUUUUAUUCUAUAACGGCUCAUCUGAGAAAGGCUAUGGCGUUUGAGGAGUGUGUUUUGGUAAUGGGCACAGCCCGGUCAUCUGUUCGUCAUGGUCGACGGAAUGGAUUGACGAGCGUCACAAUGGACAUCUUUUUUGUAUCAUGGAUAGGAGGAGAUUAUUCAGGUCAUGGUAAUCUCAUGGAGGUCGAAUGCACCGAGGUUAAACAG